AUGGAUUCUACAAAGCACCGUGGUUUUGAUGCCUUGCCAAACGAGCUUCUCUACGACAUUUUGCACUCCUUCACCACAAAGAAUGUCUUGACCUUUGCUCCAGUCUCGCGUAGAUUCCAUUCAAUUUGUGUCAGAAUCCUGCAGAAUCGCCUGACAGCUGCUGCGACUCUGCUCGACCACAUCUUGAUGCUCGAGUUAUAUCCACCAAGUGCCAGAUUGACGGCCGGUAAGCUGUUCUGCACAUCGCUCGGUACCUCAGGUCUGGACGACAAGUCCAUCGAGAGCCUUUCCGACUCGGCAAAAAUCGGCCAUCUGGGGAAAGCUGUGUAUUCCAGAUUCAGACCUCAGCACCAAGAGGUGCGAAGACCGUCUCUCAAACAUCCUGCUGGGGACAUACCAGGCUCAAGGACUCAUCCAACUUCUGCUGACCCAGGUAUUCACGUCCACAAUACAGAAAGUAACUUAGUGUCUCAACAAGUAUCUCUGGACGCGGACGAGCUGUUCACUCAACUGAUCGCAACUCUUAUGCUAGUGAAGCCCGGACCACGCCCAGACACGAUACUUACGGCUGUCGAGGUCUGCGAAGGUACUAUCAGAGUCUGGAGAGACUGGCUGGCUACACAGACCAAAGCGGACGCCCACUUGACUUCUUCUAGCCCUCCAGCAGAUGAUUCAUCUAUUCUUUGGGUUAAUACAGCCGAUCAAGCUGGUGGAGUCAAGUUUAGAGUCAAAGAAAGAAAGUGGAAGAGAGAUAACCCUGUUUUGUUUUCUUCAGAAGAGGAAGUUGCAGUCUCGUAUACGGUUGAUCUUGAAGAGGUUGUAUUGAGGACGUCGCACUUGUUGUUCGUGGUGGAGGAGUCGUUGAGAGAACAGCACGAACCACUGAGUAGGCAACUGUACUUCAGACCAGUCUGA